AUGGAAAACCUACGAAGACAUUUCGCCAAGAAAAAAGACACGUACAGUGUCAUUGGCCGCGUCAAGAGCAAUGGCCAUUGCAAGAAGCACCCCAAACACAACCAAUCACCCGGUGUGUGUUCUCUUUGCUUGAGGGAAAAGCUUGCCCAGUUAUCUUCUUCUAACUCACGCACAAGACCCUCUUCUAUUGCUUCCUCCACUUCUUCUUCAUCUGUUUCUUCUUAUUCCUCAUCCUAUUACUCCUCAGCUUCUGCUUCUUCGUCUGCUUCUCCAAUGCACUGUUUCUGUUUCACUGCGGAGGGAAAAAGUAGCUCUUCUUCGGUCUCCAUCUUUCUGCUCCGUGGUAACCAUGGAAUCGUACAGGGGAGGUGUAGGUCAUUGGAUAGAGAUUGCGAAGGUGGUGCUGAUCAUGGUCGUGAUAGGAGUGCCUGCAAACGUGGAUUUUGGUUCAAGUUGCUUCAACCUAAAAGCAGGAGAAUGAAGGAAUAUUACAGGGAGGAUACUAAGCUUGUUCCAUGUAUAUAA